CUAAUUUGUGUGAUAUUUUGAAGAUACGGAAAUACGGAAUCCCCUAAACCUGUAUCUCCCGCCACCACCGCGAGUCCGUGACGGGCGAUUUGUCGAUUCGAUCCUUGAAUUCGACGGUGAAUCGUCGAGUGCGAGCAGUACUUCCCGAAGCGGGGGUGACAAUAAGGAAGACGCGAGAGCCGGAAGCCAGUUCCGGCAGUCGCUCUGCACUCCGCCUCGGCCAGUCCAUCCCCUCUUCCUGCCGGCCGCCGGCCGCCGCCGCUGUGGGCUGUCUCUCAGUUCGUGAAUAAAAAGCCCGUAGCUCUCAGUUACCCUUCAAUAAGGUACUCUUGCUCCCGUGGCUUGAAUUCUUUACGGAAAUCGUCUUCGCCACUGACUCUAGAGUCUGGAGUCCUGAUCGUGUCUUUAGCUACGUUUCGCCUUUGUUGCUUCCGUUUACGAAGCAGCCGAGCAAGCUACUGCGUUGUCUGUCUUCUCUUCCUUCGCGACUUUGUCACCGGGUUUUAGAAAUUACAAUCUAUUGGCUGAACAGGAGGGAGAAGAAGAAAUACAAGUGAAUAAAUUCUUAAGGACUGAGUAUUCUUCAUGGGGAUCCCGAACUGUUGAUAACUUUGAGAAGUUGGAGCAAAUUGGCGAGGGAACCUAUGGGUAUGUUCUCUCAAGUUUACAUGGCUCGUGAGAUAGCAACAGGAGAAAUAGUUGCUCUGAAGAAGAUAAGAAUGGACAAGGAGAGAGAAGGGUUUCCUAUAACUGCCAUUCGUGAAAUCAAAAUUCUAAAGAAGCUCCAACAUGAUAACGUAAUAAAGUUGAAAGAGAUAGUGACAUCUCCAGGUCCUGAGAAGGAAGACCAAGGACGACCUGAUGGUAACAAGUAUAGAGGUGGCAUCUACAUGGUAUUUGAAUACAUGGAUCAUGAUUUAACUGGCCUUGCAGAUCGUCCUGGAAUGAGAUUUUCAGUUCCUCAAAUUAAGUGCUACAUGAGGCAGCUCUUAACCGGGCUUCAUUAUUGCCAUGUAAAUCAAGUACUUCAUCGUGAUAUCAAAGGUUCUAAUCUUCUCAUUGACAAUGAGGGCAACCUAAAGCUUGCAGAUUUUGGACUUGCUCGCUCAUUCUCGAGUGAUCAUAAUGCAAAUCUUACAAAUCGUGUUAUUACCUUAUGGUACAGACCUCCGGAGUUGCUCCUUGGAGCAACUAAGUAUGGUCCAGCUGUUGAUCUAUGGUCUGUUGGUUGUAUCUUUGCCGAGCUUCUCCAUGGGAAACCCUUAUUCCCUGGGAGUAAUGAGCCUGAACUAAUAAGCAAGAUUUUUGAGCUUUGCGGAUCACCCGAUGAGGUUAACUGGCCUACUGUUUCUAAGCUUCCUUUGUAUAACAACUUCAAGCCUUCAAGGCCAAUCAAGAGACGACUCGGGGAUUUUUUCAGAGAUUGUGGUGAUCGUCAUGCUGUGGAGUUGCUGGAAAAAAUGCUAACUCUUGAUCCUGAGCAGAGGAUAUCUGCCAAGGAUGCGCUGGACGCUGAGUAUUUCUGGACCGACCCAUUGCCUUGUGAUCCAAAGACUUUGCCCAAAUACGAGUCGUCUCACGAGUUCCAGACAAAGAAAAAGCGGCAGCAGCAAAGACAGCAGCACGAAGAGAACGCAAAGCGUCAGAAGCUUCAGCAUCAUCCUAGCCGCGGCCUUCCUCCGAUUCAGCAAUCUGGGCAUAAUGCACAAAUGAGGAAUCAACCCAUGCAUGGUUCUCAGCCUCCAGUUCCAGCGUCAGGGCACCAUUAUGGUAAGCCUCGUGGCCCUGCUGGUGGUGGGCCAGGCAGCCGGUAUCAUCAAGGUCACCUGAAUCGUGGUUACGGUAGUGGGCCAUAUCCUCCUCCACAAGCCCGAGGCCCCCCUCCAUAUGGCUCGAAUUAUCCUCCUCAAGGUGGUGGUCCUGGGCCUGGUCCUGGUCCUUAUGGAGGUUCCGGUGCUGGGCGUGGUGGUUCAAACCGCAACCAACAGUAUGGUUGGCAGUAGCUCUUUGCGUCUAACCCACCUUUCAUGGGAGUAGACGAGAUUGAGAAGAUAAUUGGGCCAUUCCGACAAAUUUGCUUAUAAUCUCUCCUGCAGAAUCAUGCAAUUGCUUCACGGGACUCUUUCGUGCCUUAAUGCAUACAUAAUGCCAAUGUUGAAGGGCCAUCUUCUACUUUGUUGAGGUAAAUUUGGUUGACGGGAGGGAACAGUUGUCACUAUGAAAGCAGUGGUCGGCGUACUGCUGUCAUACAAGCAAACACAUAAAGAUUGAAGAUGCUGCUAAUUUCUGGUGCAGCACUUUGGUUAUUAGUUUCUUACCUUAACCCGCGAUGGGGAAUUUCUUUGUGGUGCUCCAGUUUUGGAAUAUGACGACUGGUCUGUACUUUGUACAGCACUUGUAGUCAAGGCUAGGCUCCUAAAAUGGCGCCGCUGCAUGCUGCCCAUCCUUGUGCAGAAUCUUUUUCUCUGUCUGCCCGGGUUUUGGGGAUUAUUGUGUUGCUGUUUUAGGAACGUUGUUACGUAAAUCAUUCUAAUUCUUCAUGAAUCCAAGAAGAUUCAUAUUAGUGGUUUUGCUUACGUAGAUUUUUCGAUUUCGUGUGUAGCUGUAAGCUGUGUGAACAUGGAUCCGGUGGUUUGGGAUUUUCAGUGUUUCAAACAUUAUAUACAUAAUGCCCAGUGGUAUUAAAGCCGACUCGAGCUGCUUGGCCCGACCGGUAAAACCGCCACCCGGUCACAAAAUUGGCGCGAAACAGUCUAAAAGUUACUUCGAUUUUAUGUAGCGGUUGACGAGCAGCCGAGGUGGUUAACCGUUCGAGCC